GAUUGGAAUGGAUCCAACAGAGGAAAGCGAUACAGAGAAACGAGAAAGUAAAUCGGAAGACGUGCUGGAGAAGGAAACAUAUUUAAAAAGUCGCCACAAGGAUGUAAAGAAGUGGUAUAACGAUAAUCCCGAACUCCAGAACAAAUAUGGCGAGUUUCCAUUAUUUUGGCAAGAAUUAGAGGAUUGGGAACCUUGGAAAGAGGUAGAUAUGGAGUAUUCCAAAUUUCUGGCUUCUAAACCGAAAUCCGAAGGUUCAAUAACAAAAAUUAGCCGUUGGGCGGAUGCCUCCUCGAAACUAAGCCGUUCUCAUUGGGAUUUCCACCGACCUUAUAUUCCUCCAGGUCUGAGUAUAGCCGUUGCAUCGGGCGUCAUCAGUCUGGAACAAGUCCAGGAAAUCCAGCUUCGUGUGCGCAUCAAGAAGCUCUCGGACCGAAUCGACCAGGCAGACAUCGAAGCCGAGCUGAUCUCGCAAGACCCGAACCGCUCCCCUUCCCCUCCUCCCGUGUACGACUCCACGGGGAAUCGCACCAACACGCGCGCCAUGCGACUUCGGCAGAAGCUGGACAAGGAGCGAAGCGAGCUGGUCGACGAGAUUCUCGCGCUCAACCCCACGCUCCGCUCCAAACACCACUGCAAGUAUCAGCGGAAGAUCUACGUUCCGCAGGACAAAUACCCCGACUACAACUUCGUGGGACUGAUCAUCGGUCCCCGCGGGAAUUCGCACCGGCAGCUGGAGUCGGAGACGCACACGAAGAUCAUAAUCCGCGGGAAGGGAGCGAGCCGCGAAGGGAAGGAAUCGAUCGACGGGAUCGGUCGAGACGAGCCGUUGCACGUGAUCAUCACAGGAGAGAACGAAGAGGACGUGAAGGCGGCAGAGCAGCGCAUUCGCGAGCUGAUCGUGGUGAAAGAUGACCGCGAAAACGCGUACAAACAGGCGCAGAUGCGCGAGCUCGCGAUCAUCAAUGGGCAGCUAGCGCGGAGCGUGUUCUGCUCCUAUUGCGGAGAGGAGGGACACAACCAAUACGACUGUCCCGAGCGGCAAAGUGGGGAAACGUGGAAACGUGGAACGUAG